AACAUUUAUAUAUUUAACUUCAGAACUACAUAUUCUGAACGAUAAGGUCUCAGAUACCCACUUCCUAUUCUCAUAGCUGAACUGGCAGGGUUCAAAGACAGACUGAAAGAAUGAAAGGUGGAGUCCCACAGUCUACAAAAUGGUGCACUUGACCUCAAUACUGGCUUUUCUCUGCAGCUUCAGUUUGAUCUCUGUGUCACUUUCUGAGUUUGUCAUCGUAGAGGUUCAACAUGGAGGAGAAGUCUCACUGCUGUGCUCCAACCUCAGCAGAUUCAUCACCAACAUUUUCUGGUUCAAGAUGGACCAAAGAUCCAACGCCACCAAAAUCACAUCCAUGAUGACUGCUGAGUCCAAUGCUACAGUACAGGAAGAAUUUAGAAAUGGGAGAUUCCAAAUGUCCUCCAACAUCACCCAUGUUUCUCUGAACAUAAAUGAUGUUGAUUUCUCUGAUUCUGGACUCUAUUUCUGUGGAUCCUACAAAAAUUCUGACGCUGUUAUUUUUGAUGCUACCUAUUUGCAAGUAGAAGAAAUGUUUAAGUUAAACCCAGUGACUGGAAUUCUGGGAAGUGUCAUUUUUGUUCUUGUGAUGGUCAUCAUCUUUCUGAUCGUCAAAGUCCGAUCAUUUCAAACAGCUUCAUCUGAGCAGCAGAACAGAGAGAGCCCAGAAUCCGAUGCUCUGAACUAUGCAGCUCUAACAUUCAAGCCUAAAGCUAAAACCAACAGAAGUCCAACAUCUGAGACUGAACUGGACCAAAACAGCUUUGGAUGAAUUAGCUCCUUUCUGGAUACUGGUGGGAUAUCUAUGAUUCAUAUUUGGAUCAUAACACGAUAAAUAAAAAAAGAAAUUGUCUGAUGACUUUUAUUUUAUUUAUUUAGCUGUAAUCUGAAAGUCAACUUCAAAUUUGGUGAAUUAGAUUUUUCUUGACCCAUUCUGAUUAUUUAAUAACAAACAAUGAACAACAUUUCAUUAUUAAAUGAUUAAACAAAAAAACAAACAUCAUUCAUUUUUUUUAAGCUGCCUACUACUUCUGUGUUCUU